AUGGCUGAUGAUGUGCGAUAUUCGUUGCCAGGAGUGGAUGGAGCGAAGCGCAGUCUGGGACCGCCAUCCACAGCUCCGACAUACCUGUCGGAGUCCGUAUCGAGCUCCCCAGCUCGACGCCGCUUGUUGGGCAGUGGCCGCUUCAAUGCUGAGGAGCUGAGAUGCUUCCAGCGGAUUCCGUCUCCGUCAUCGACAUAUCGCCAGAAAGCCGAGGUGUACUGGCAGAACAUGGGCCCUAUGAGGAAGGUCCACGGUGAUCUGGGCCUCCACACCCUUCCGGCGAUGAGGGGUGAGUUCUAUCGCUACCGGGCAGCCUCCUCGCCCCAGGAAGCCAAAGAGCAGGAGACGGCCAGGCACGAGCCCAUCGCGGAGAAACCCGCGAUGCUGCCGAAGGAGGAAAUGACUGCGAGCUUGUUAGAUGAGAUAUUUCCUCGGAGACCUCCCUCCAGGGACAAGGAAGAUGCCAAACUCGGCAAGUCUCAAAGUCAGAAGCUGCGCAAGCACACAUCGUCCAACUUGCCAGAGCAGAACCAUGUCUCUGACCGUGUCACGCUUGUGAGUGGUAUCACGACAAACAAGUCACUGUCACAGGCCAGCAGGCGGCUGAUUCACUUUCGACAGCGAAUCCUCGAGAAGUUCUCGACCAUGAAGUCCGCAUUCGAAACGUUUGCACAGGAGCAUGGCAGCACGAGGGAGCUCACAAAAAAGGAGUUCUCGCGGUUCCUGUCCAAAAACUUCAACGGACUGCCGAAGGAGGAGCACCUCAAGAUCUUCGAGUUCCUCGACCAUGACAAGAACGGAGUGGUGUCGCUGGAGGAGUUUCACACAGCCGUCGAAGCUGCAGCGCCUGUGAAGUCCCUGGAGGACUUGCGCCGGAAAUGGAUCGCUCUCGGCUACACCUCUAUGAGACAGGCCCUGCUGGGUAUGGACCUUCACAAGGAACCUGGCAGAUCCUUUACCCUGGCGGAGUUUGGCGUGGCGCUCGCUCGAGUAGGCGUCGAAGAAGAGAUUGAGCACCAGAACAUCUUCGGGGCAAUCCACGAUCCGCACAGCUCGCACCAGACAGUAACGCUGGAAAUGCUGGCAGCAGCCAUGAGCGCCAUCUCGCCUUCAUUGUUGCUGGAGGACCUGCGUGACAAGAUCCUAAAAAAGUUUGGGACGCUCUCGAACUGUUUCUCAUCCCUAGACAUGGACCAGGGUGAGUCCCUGGACAUCGGUGAAUUCAUCCGUUAUGCCGUGCCUGCAUGGAAGCUCACGCCCCACGAGGCAGGCAAGGCCUUCCGCCUCAUCGACGUGGAUGGCAGCCUCGAAAUCAGUAAAGACGAGUUCGUCACGGCUCUGACGCUCUCGGAGCCAAACCUUUACCUCGAUGAGAUCCGACGCAAAGUCCGGCAGCGUUUCAGGAGUAUGCGGGGGCUUCUCAACGCCGGCAAUGACGACGACCUCGAAGUUGAUGAGGUCGACUUCGAACCGCCUCCAGCAGUCGAGAUCGCACCUUCCAGGAAGGGGUCUCUCUACCAGAGGCACUCCAUCGUCGUGGCCCAGGACUCGCCGCGGAGCGAGGGGUUGACUGGCAUGACCGCUGAGGAGUCUCGGCGGGCUUCCUGGAUUGCCAAGCACUCGGGCUUGGGUACCGAAAAGGCACAAGACCUUCUCAAGGACUUGGUCGGACCUGGUUCUGACAAGAGCGAGGAUGACGGCCGAACACCGGAGGAGUAUCAGCUGAUGCUUGGACAGGUACAACUGUCCGAGCAGGAUACCAAGGCGCUUUUCAACCUCAUGGAUGUCAAUCGAGACGGCAAGCUUACUACGACGGAGUUCGAGCAUGGUGUGCGGCUCUUUGCCCCGUCGACGGCGCUGGAGGACUUGCGCUUGGCCUGCAUCUCGAAGUACGGGGGAAUCCCAGAGGCCUUCGCAUCCCUUCGCGCAGACCAACGGGAGGCCAGCCUGGAGUACCACCAGCUCAAGAAGAUCUUGGAGGAUAUUCGAAUAUGGGACGAAAGCACCGGGGACCUGCGCCUGAUCAUGGACAUAGUGGAGUGCAACCGAGACGGUGGGACCACUAUCGGUGAGCUUAUGGCGGCACUGCAAGCAGGGCAGUCCGGCACGCAGGUUCGGCUGGCCCCAGACCAACGCGAUGCCAAAGUACGUCAGCAGGUGAAGUGGCAGAUGGCUCCCUUCCGCCGAUGUGCUUCCGAGCUGAGAGCCCACGUUCGAGAGAAGCUGUACACCAACGAGCUGGAGCAGAUGUGGAAGCCGAGGUCCGACUCGCACGCGGACAAGAGCAGGAGCGCUGCCCUGCGGGCCGAGACGCAGACAGCCCUCCACAAAUGGAAGAGGGAGAAGAGUCUUCCAGCCCUGCGGCGCAUUGAUCAUGAGGGCCAGGACCCCACGUGGGCUGGGCUGUCUGCGGCAGCCGAGGAGGAGCUCCCGAGCCACAACAUCCCCUGGGGCCCCAUGCGCACGAGCUUCUGCAAGGUCUCGGGGUUUCUAAAGACCCUGGAUGCCAAAGAGUUGAGGCCUAUCCUCAACUCCAUGCAUCACUACUACGCCUCUGCAGGAGAGACGGUAACAGGUCGAGAGGCUUGCCUGAACCAGCAGCAGAGCCGGUACGAGCAGUUCAAGAGCUGCACCCACCACUACAAACUCCUGACUCGGUUGCCGGGCGGAAUUUGA